AUGCACCGCGCCAACCGUCAGCGCGUCAGCAACCCCCUCCCAUCCGACCGCUUACGCACCCUCCCACGACACCUCUCUUUGCGCCCUCCCGCCUCCCAGUCCCAGACACACUCCCUCUCAGCCCCUGCCGCCGGCAUCUCCCCAUCCCACCCUCACCCAUCCGUCCCUUCCCACAUUACCAAUUCACUCUCCUUCCCCACACAGCUCGUCCCUAUCCAAUCGCCUCCCCCGCUCAUCCUCCCUUCACGACACUCGAUGCUACGCUACCCGUCCUUGCCUUUCCAAGCCUCUCCUAUCACUGUCCCACAUGUAACAACGCUUACCGCAGCCAAUGCCGGUCCUCGGCCUAUCGUCCCUUCCGCCACCCAUCCCAUUGGACGCCCUGCUCGCUCGCAACUCCUCAAAAUAGCCCUGACGUCUUUGCGCUGCCCCUGUCCGCCCUCGCUCGCGCUCUUUUCGCCGUUUGCGCACGCAACAAACAUCCCUCGCGCGUCGCGCGACGAGCGGUCUGAUCUGCCAGCCCGCGUCCCAACCCAAUCGCGCCUGACGCGCACCCGCCCUGACAUCAUGCAUCACGCCCCGGCAAGCGCCCAGCGCUCAGAUCGCCGCAACGUGCGCCCACAGCCGCGCACGAUAAUACGUCCCCUCUGCCGCGCGCGAUCGCCACAUCCGUCCCCCCUCCACUUUUUGGCACACGACGCGCCGCGAUGGGCCGCCCACGCCGCAUCUCUAAGCAUCACUUCUCUAUCGCAUUCCUAUCGCACCAGGCACGCACGCACGCUCGCGAAGCACGACCCCGCGAGCUUCGCCCUGCUUCGUCCUGCCUCAUCCGGCAAUCUGCAAACUCCGCCCUCGACAACCGCUUCUCCGCACGCCUACAAGCCUCGCCACACUCCGCCACACCCCGCCAGCCCGCGCAGCCCAAUCGGCAGCGAUGCCGCGCUUCUAACUUGCGGGAUUCUGCACGGCUUCUGCCCGUCGCGCGCUGUAUUACUCGAGCGCCGACUCCACCCGACGCCCGAUAAUAAGCCCUUCGAAGCCCUCGGAAGCCCGUGGAACGCCUUCGAAGACGCGACGCGACGCGACGACGGGCGCUCACGCGACCCCACACGGCGCACGCCUUGGGCAGGUGCGCGCCCCCGCGCUGGCGCCGUCCCCCCAUCUCACCGCGAAAGGAAAGAGAACACGCUCGGUGGGCGGUAUUCGAGCUUAAGCUUAACUCUGCGCGCGGACGCAUAUGCGCCCUCUGUUGACUUGUGCGGACCCUCGCCACGCACGCGCGUCCCAUUCGUCGACCCGCUCGUCCCCAUCGUCAUCGUCACCGUUUUUGUCGCGUUCUCCCCGUCCUCUCAGCGCUCGGACCCGCUCGCAAGAGCUUACGUGCCUCCCACGCACGAUCCCGACCUGCAGCGUGUUUUCGUGCGGCGUGCGAGCGUGCCUAGCAGCGGCCUCCGACGCCCCCGUUUCUGA